AUGUUGUGUGUUAAUAUGGAAGGCGAUUUUGAAACACUUUUUCUGAUUGGAAAGGCGUUAAAACCCCUUUGUUUUAAGAACAUAAUCGUCAACGAUCUUGGAGUAACGUGGAAGGCUAAUCGUAAAGCUUGGAUGACACAAGAAUUAAUGAAAGAAUGGUUAUCGAAUUUCGAUAGAAAAAUGCAAGGCAAAUCAAAGAAGCAUUACAGUUAG